AAUCAUCAUCAACAACAAUUAAGAAGAAACAACGUUCAAAACAGCAACAACAACAACAGCAACCGGGUACAUAUGGCCAAUAUACAUUACCGGCAAAUACAACACGUAUGAUGAUGAUGAUGAAGACUGGUCAAUCACCAUCCGUUAUAUUGAAUCCAUAUCAUCUUGUAUUGACACCAACAUUAGAAUCACAGCAUUUAAAAACAUUAUCAUUACCACGUCAAAAUUCUGUACAGAUUCAACAAAAUAAUCCUACAAAAGUAACAACAUCAAAAACAGUGAAAAGACAUUCAAAAUCAUUUAUUAACACUGUUGUUGAUGAAAUACCAGUGGUCAAUCCAGCAUUCAAUGAUGGUACAAUUAUGCCAACAGCCAUUUCUGAUUAUGAUGAUCCAUUACGUUUACAUCAUUUACCACAACAGAAUCCACAUCCAGAUUUAGUGGAAAUACGUACAAAUCAAAAACAUUCACCAUCAACAACAACAACAACAACACGUCCAUUGAAUGUAGCUAAUGAUAAUGAUAAUAAUCAAUCAAAAUUAAGUGAUCCAAUUGAAUUUUGUCAUUUAUCAUCAACAACAACAACAACAACAUCAUCAUCAGCUGAAACAAAAUCGAAUAUGAAUAUCACAUCAAAUGAACCACAGCAGCAGCAACAAUCAAUAGGAAUGUCAUCAUUUCAACGACGACAACAACAACAACAACAAAAUCCUAAUUCAAAUCAUCCAUUACCACCAACUAUACAAACAAUGCAAACAAUACAAAUGAAUCCAAGAUUUAGUACAUCAUCAUCAAUUAGUAAUCAAUCAUCUGAUAUAUCCGGUGAUCCAUCAACAACAUCUAGUCUUUUCUAUGUUGAUUAUCGUCCAUCAUCAUCAUCAAUGAUAAAUACCAAUGAACAACAACAACAACAACAGCAACAUAGAAAUUCAUCUGUAUCCGAACUAUCAUCAAAUAGUUCAACAAUUACAGAUGGUAGUAGUGGUGGUGAUAAUCAUGAAAUAGAUGAUGAUUUACCACCACCACCGGAUAUAUUAUUAUGUGAUGAUGAUAUUGAUAGUGGUGGUGAUCAACAACAACAACAACAACAACAACAACAAUUAACACCUACAAAUAAAAUAGCUGAACUAUUACCACCAUUACCACCGGAUUAUCAUUCAAUAUCAACAUUACAAAGACGUAAAUAUCAACAACCACCAAUAACAACGCAACAAUUUACCAUUACAAAUACAUUGAAUCGUUCAAAGCCUUCGGCAAAUAUUAAUAGUGUCGGUGGUUAUACAUCAUCUACAAUCAAUGAUGUACCAGCUUAUUCAACAACAACAUUAAGUUCAUUUAGUACUUUACCACAAAAACAACAACAAUUAUCAUCAUCAACGCCAGGAUCACAUUCUGGUACAUUAUUGAGGAAACCACCACCACCACCGCCACCACCAAGGCCACGUUUACCACAAUCGAUCUCAUCGGAUACAACAUCAUUACAGACAUCAUUAUCAUCAUCAGCUAAUUCAGAUUCAUAUGUUGAUCCACAAACAUUAUCCAUUUCUGAUUCAAUAUCAACACCAAUAAUGGAUAAUUUAACACCAUCACCAAUAUCUGAACAAAAUCAUCAUUAUCAAAAUCCAAAUUCAUCACAACAACAACAACAACAACAGCAGCAACAAUUGGGUAUAAAUCAAACAAAAAAAUUAUUUAAUCGUCGUGCACAAUCACCAACAUAUGGUUGGGUUUAUCAUCAAACUGGUGGUGCUGAUGCUGCUGCUGCUGUUGGUGAUGAACAUUCCGAAUCAUCAAACAUUAUGAAUAUAAAUACAUUCGAUAUAAAACGUUUAGAUUCAUUAAGUUUGACAGAAAAUCGUUCAGAAAUUUCAAAUGGAACAACAAAUGGACCAAAUAGUCUGGAUUCUGGUGAUUCACAUCAACCAUUAAGUCAUUCAUUUGAUCGUAAUAAUAAUAAAAAUAAAAUGAAUUUAAAGAAAAAAGAUAAAAAAAAUCAACAUCAACAUCAACAACGGCAAUCAAAUCAUAAAUCAUCAUAUGUAUAUCGUAAUCAAGUAUUUGUUGGUGAAAUUGAUUGUGAAUCGAAUGGAAAAAAUCGAAAUAACGAUGGUGAUGAUGAUGAUGAUGAUGAUGGUAAUGCUGAUCGAACAAAAGCACGUAUUCUUAAACAACCAUAUAGAAUGUUUUUUGAUGAUAUGACACCUGAUGAAAUGAUGCAACAGAUGGAUCGUCGUCAUCGUGGUGGUGGUGGCGGUGAUAAUCAUAUGAAUGGAACAAUUCAGAAUGAAAAUGAUAAAAAGAAAAAAUUUCAGAAUAAUAAUUUGAUUACAAUUAAAUCUAGAAAUGAAAAUUAUUUGAAAAGUUGUUGUCGUUCGGCUAUUAUUAUAAUGACCAUUAUGAUAUUGAUUCUUGUAUCGAUUAUAUUGGCAAUUACAUUCUAUAAUCAAUUUGUAUUACAUAAACCAGAAACUGGAUUCAAUGCAAUUGGCCAGAUGGAAACAUUUUUUGAAUCAAUAACAAAUUCUAAUCAUAGUAAAAAUGAUAGCCAAUCUAGUCGAAAAAAUGUGACAACAACAACAACAACAAUGAAUAAACAAGAAUCAACACCAUCAUUAUUAUCGACAUUAUCAACAACUGUAGGAAUAUUGAUAAAUACAUGGAAUAUUUCGAGUAAAAAUUCACCUAUAAAUAAUGUUAUUAAUACGACACCAUCGAUGAUUGACAUUCCAACAACAACAACACAACACUGAAAAUUGAUCCAGAAAAA